CUUCCCUACGACUUGCUCGACCACCAAUCCCUGCAAAAUGUCCUGCAAUGACCUGUGCUCCACCGCUGGCUCCGGCCUCAUCCGGCCCCAGCCCCUGGCUGACACCGGGAACGAGCCGUGUGUGCGCCAGUGCCCCGACUCCACCGCUGUGAUCCAGCCUCCCGCCGUGGUGGUCACCUUCCCUGGGCCCAUCCUCAGCUCCUUCCCGCAGGAUUCCGUGGUGGGAUCUGCUGGAGCGCCAUUCCUUGGAGCCUCUGGGGCCUCCCUGGGCUAUGGGGGCUAUGGGUCCCUGGGCUAUGGGGGAUUUGGCUCUGGGGGCUAUGGGGGCUAUGGAUCCCUGGGCUAUGGAUAUGGCGGUUAUGGAUCUGGGGGAUAUGGGGGUCUCUGUGGAUAUGGGGGCUAUGGAUCCCUGAGCUAUGGGGGUCUGGGGGGCUACGGGGGGUUCCGGGGCCUGUAUGGCUCCGGGAGAUCCUUUGGCUCUUGGUCCGGCCGCUCCGGCCGCUACGGCCGCGGCAGCUGCGGCUCCUGCUAAACCCCAGGGGGAAAUCCCUUGACUCGGCAAACACUGUUGGAUCCUCACGUGAGCUCCUGAGGAAGGGGCAGAGCACCAGGCUUCACACCGUGGAGUCAGAGCCCCGCAUCCUUUUCGUUUCCUCCUUCCUUCGUUCCGUCUCCUCUUCUGCGCCCCUUCCAGUGGCCAAAUGUGCAGCUCCACCAUCCCACCCUGAAACUCCACCAUCUCCCU